GUCCUCCAUUGCCCAAAUCUCACAUUUGAAGGUUAAAGUCAGUCAGUGUUCAUCACACCGCACUUCAAUUCAGCGGUAACCACUCUCCCUCCUCUUCUCUUCAUUUACAGACAUAUUAAACCAGCAAAAUGUCGAUAUUUGGUGAAGUCCCGCAGGCUGCUCCUGUCGCAGUGUUUAAACUGACAGCAGAUUUCCGUGAGGAUCAGGAUCAGAAGAAGGUGAAUCUGGGAGUCGGAGCCUACAGGACAGAUGAAUGUCAGCCCUGGGUUCUCCCUGUGGUGAGGAAAGUGGAGAAGAUGAUCGCUGAUGACCACAGUUUGAACCACGAGUACCUGCCCAUCCUAGGCCUGCCAGAGUUUCGUUCCAGCGCAUCUAAGAUCGCUCUGGGUGAAGACAGUCCUGCUAUCAGGGAGAACCGGGUAGGAGCUGUGCAGUGUUUAGGAGGUACCGGUGCUCUAAAGAUCGGAGCUGAAUUUCUUCGCCGCUGGUACAAUGGAACUGACAACACAAAAACUCCAGUUUAUGUGUCUGCACCAACAUGGGAGAACCACAAUGCUGUUUUCUCUAAUGCUGGAUUUGAGGACAUCCGUCCAUACAAAUACUGGGACCCAGUGAAGCGUGGACUCGAUCUGGCUGGUUUUCUGGGUGACAUGGAGAGUGCACCAGAUCACUCCAUCUUCGUUCUGCAUGCCUGCGCGCACAACCCCACCGGCACAGACCCCACCCAGGACCAGUGGAAGCAGAUCGCAGAGGUCAUGAAGCGGAAGAAUCUGUUUGCCUUCUUUGAUUCAGCCUAUCAGGGCUUCGCCUCAGGAGAUCUAGAGAAGGACGCCUGGGCCGUGCGUUACUUUGUUUCACAGGGUUUUGAAUUGUUCUGUGCUCAGUCUUUCUCCAAGAACUUCGGUCUGUACAAUGAGAGAGUGGGGAACUUGACUGUUGUAGCCAAAGAUCAAGACAAUGUGAAUCGUGUGCUGUCUCAGAUGGAGAAGAUCGUGAGAAUCACCUGGUCAAACCCUCCGUCACAGGGAGCUCGUCUGGUCGCCAUCACACUAAACACCCCGGAACUCUUUGCUGAAUGGAAGGCCAAUGUGAAGACUAUGGCAGACAGAGUCCUGCUGAUGCGAGCUCAGCUGAAGGAGAAACUGAAGGCUCUGGGAACUCCAGGAACAUGGGAGCACAUCACUGAACAGAUCGGCAUGUUCAGCUUCACAGGACUCAACCCUAAGCAGGUGGAGUACAUGAUAAAAGAAAAGCACAUUUAUCUAAUGGCGAGUGGCCGCAUCAACAUGUGCGGUCUCACCUCCAAGAACAUCGACUAUGUGGCCGAGUCCAUUCAUGAGGCUGUCACUAAAGUCCAGUAAUCACAGUCACCUGUUUGUGUGUGUGUCAACAAGAACAUAGAGGCACACAGGCACACACACAAAUUAACACACACCUUCACACACCAACUUGUGCUGGUCUAAUUUACUCAUCAGCAAGAUCCAGUUUUAAUUUUGUAAUUAUAAACAACAAAACUGUCCCAGAAUAUGAAUAUAUAUAUGCACACAAUUUCCUUCCCUAUGCCCUUCUCAUGUGUUUAAAUAUUCUCAGUGGGUUUCAUUUUAGUCUUGUUUGUGUAAAUUAGCACUUUGAGGAUUGGUUUAACUAUGGAAGCUGGUUUCUGCCACGAAAUUAUGAAUAACAAAUAAAAUAAAAAGCUCACAAAUGAGGCUUUUUAUGGUUUAUAUCUUGCCCUUUUUGACUUUUUGCCCCACAAUUGAUAGAAAAAAAAAAUCUACAUUUUCAGGAUAAAGGCAACAUUUUUGAGAGGGAAAAAAAGUCAAAGUUACAAAAUAUAAACUUUUCUUGGAAUUUUGAGUCAUUUUAUGUUCAUAAAUUCAAGUUUAUGUCUUGCACUUCAGCAAGUUUAAUUUGCCUAACCCUCUAUGGCAUGAGUUUAGUUCCAAUCCUGCUUCAACACACUUACCUGUAGGUUUCAAACAAGCCUGAAGAACUCAAUUAGUUUAAUCAGGUGGGUUUAAUCAGGGUUAAAGAUAAACUGUGCAGAACUUUUUGCCAGUUUAAUUUGCAUCUUUGAAUUGAAACAUAGCUAAUGCGACUGUUCAAGCUCGCUGUUGGAAGGAAUGAGCCUAACUGCUCAAUCUUGUUCGUUAUCUCCAUAAAAUGUUUCAAUAUCCAUUUCCUGUGAGGAAUAGUACACCGUACAGAAAAACAUAUAUAUUAUGGUGAUAACUAUACAUUUCUUCACAUUUCCAUCCAUAGGAUGUUAUUGUUUUCACAAAAGUGGUCUAACUGCAAUGUUGCCCCGAGGCAACAAAUGAAAAACUACCAUAAUAACAUAAAGUGUCUUUUCUCAAUCAAAUAUGCUUCUUCGCACAUCCAUGCACAUCACACAUAUUUUAAUGUAAAUAUAUUUAAAUUUAAAUGUGUUAAAAUAUUCAAUCUAUCUUACGUUCUGUUAGCUGUGUGUGCAAGCAGGCUAUGAUCCCAAAAUGGCUGUUUUGCUCCCAGAAGAAAGGUCAAACCCACACCCACCUCAAAUUUGAUUGGUCACCGGCUUAUUAUUUGACUUUUUUGUGAUGUUUUAUUUGUAAAAAUUUUCAAAUGGGGUGGGGUUUGGGCUGGAGGGCAACACCAUGCCAUAGAGAGUUAAAUUGUAUUUUCUUCAGAAAGACAAGAAAUAUAAGAAUUUGAGCAAAAUCUGAAUUGUGAGAUAUAAACCAUUUUUAAAGAAGUAAAAGUCAGCCUUAUGCAAUAUUUUACCUUUUUAUCUUGACGAAAUGAGCUUCCAAAGUUUACAGUCAGUCAAACUCCAGUCUCUGGAUUACAUUAAUCUGAAGGCUCCAGCUUGACUGAUUUCAUUAUCUCUCAUGCUCCUUGGAUUAAAUUGCAACAGAUCAGUGAGAGUAAAUCUGAGUGUAUUGACCAACUAUGAACAGAAACAGAUAUUACAAAAAAAAAAAACAAGUCCUAUCUUAUCUUAUCUUUGGCAUCCCAUUUUACUGUAUUGAGUGCUGAACUGAAGGACGAUGUGUCUGUAAAGCCUGCACUAAGACGAAUGACUGCAGAACUUGAAUAACUGAGGGCAUUAGAUUGUGUUUCGCUGUUAUUUUCAAUGGGAUUUAUUUGCUCUUACAGUUAAUUAAAUGGUUUAAUUUAACAUUUUACCCCUAAAUUUAAUUUUUGUUGAUUUUUCUUUUUAACUUAUUUUACAAUUGGAGGGAAAAUCCUGCAUCUCAUGUCAACUAAAGGCAGGUGAAUUUUGGAGUGAUUUUGGAGUUCAACGCUUCUUUGGUGGUGCUCUUUCUGGGUUGUGAAGAGCCCAGGCAUCGUUUUGCACUUUAUUUUCCGAUGUCUUUUUAAUCUGCUGAAUCUGCUCCAACUCGUUGUGUUCCAGCUCGUUUGUGCACUGCAGUACUGUUUAAUGAAUGUGCAGUCAUUAGUCCAAGUACAUUACUCUCCCAUCCAGCUUAUUAUAGUGUCAUAAGAUCAAACCACAAGGAGUAUAGAAGCUCUUUGAGCACAAGUAUACUAAUCAAAGUGCAUUGAAAUAAAUGAAGUAAAUUGACAA